AUGAGAACCUCCAUAUCGGACUUGUGCGAUGGGAUUCCAUGCCAUGUGGACGUUCCAAGUCCUGUGCAAUUGAUACAAUUGAAGAUUACUUCUGGGCCACAGCUGAGUUCAAGCUGGGGUGUGCAACUAAGAGAACUGUUUGGCGGUGAAGUGCCAGUCGGCGAAGCAAAUUUUGCACUUGCCACACUCGUGGUAGGCACACUGACCUUUGCCUCAUUGCUCUUAUUGCUGCCCCUCCUGAUACGACGGCUGGGUGGCUUGCCCACUGAGAACGCAUCAGGGAAACCUCAGAAGGAUGCGGCACCGCCGCCAGGCUUGCUUCGCAUCACCGGCAUAUUGUGCAUCGGCGUUAUGGCGAAUAUAACCGUGAUUCUGCUCACUGUUCAAACAGAGGCUGAGCAGUUGACCACGUCUGGAUACAUCCUUGCAAGUGAGUGCCUCGGUGCAAUUUUCGGCUUACUGCUCUUCAGAUGGUUUGGGUUGGCUCAGCUGAAGAUUGCCUACCAGCUCACGGCCUUGAGCAUGAUGGUGGGAAACGGCCUAUAUGCCUGGGCAUCCGUGCAGUCCAUGGGGCUGCUAGCCUUAUUUCUGAGCAGAAUAAUCACUGGCUUAGGUGCCGGUGGCAUGUACAAUUCAGCAAUGGUCAUGGUGCAUUUUGCCAGGGGCCAGCAGAAGACACCCCAUAUGGUCCUGUACCAAUUCUUUGUGGCUUUCGGUGUUGUGCUAGGCCCUGCACUAGCUUCAACUAGCUUGCUUCUCUUCCCGAGCAGCCAGACCAAAGAUGCGUUGGCCAAUUGCGUCAUGGUGUUAUGGGGCGGCGUGCUUUGGGCGUUGGUGCUAAUCUUCAUCCCUAACGAUAUUUCUAAACUUGAGGCUCAGGCGGGUAUUCAGGAUGAGCCGCUGGUGCAAGAGGAAGUGGACGGGCUGCCGGAGCGCCCAAAUGGCAACAAGGGCCUUGCCUUGUUCCUCACACUCAUCACAAGUGCCACUAUCAGAAUGGGUCAACGGCUGCUAUGGGAGAGUGGUUCAGUCAUUGCGGUGCAGGUGAUGUAUGGCUGGUCAGCCUCCACGGCUGGUGUCAUGUUCAUUAUUGUUGUGGCUUCCAUGGCCAUUGCGCAGUAUGCCUUUUCUCAGUAUGUGGCGGGCAAGUAUUCGGAUACCAUGUUGUUGCGCAGCCUCGAGCUUGCACAGUUAUUUGGUGUGUUGCUAAUGUUUCAACCAUUCCAGCUCUCAACUUCAGUUAGUGUCCUGCAAUUUGUGUUUGCCUCUAUUCUUGCGUAUUCGUCGAAUGCAAUCUGGUCGGGGGUUCUUACGUCAUUCUGCGUCAAGCGCUCGCUCGCCAACUCGUUCUUUAGCUCGGAGAACCUGAUGCUGUUGAACCAGGCAGCCAUAUUCAUUGGGAUAGCAGCUGGCAGCACAAUCAGCCGGGCAAGCCAAGAAAUUGUGAUUGGCAGCUCUGCCAAUGCAAGUAUGAACAUCCUGGCUGCUACGCUCCUUGUGGGAGCUUUGCUCCAACUCAACUUGUCCCUGAUUGCAAUCAGUGAAAUCUCGCUGGAUUGGCCUGUGACAGUUGUAAGCCUUGCCUUGGGGAUAGUCAUCCCACUUGCGGCUCUAGAACCUUCUCUGGGAGGUACGGGCCCUUCCAACACCUUCACUUGGCAUAUAGUCUCGAUGGGCAUAGCCUGGCCAUUCCUUGCGGUGCUGGGCUACUGGGCCUACAAAGCUGAUGUAUUGCAAGGAGUUGAGAAUAACAAGAACUACAAACGAUCCGUUCACAUGCUCUGCAUGCUCGUUGUGGGUGUACUCACAAUUGCAGGGUAUAUCUUCAUCUUCAAAGCUCAUCAGGAAAACGGAGAGGGACAGCUGGGCGGCCUCGAUGUGAAAGGCAGCAAGUGGACGCUGAAGCGGGGUAUGGGCCGCUUCGCUCAUGUGGUGCUUGGCUACUCUGUGGUACUUGGAGUAUUGAUCCAAGUCUGCGCGGGUCUUUGGAAGCGAUUUGUCCUUCUCCACUACGAGGUGAGGAGCGUCACCUGGCAUGGGAGAUUUGGCCGUGUACUGCUGCUGAGCGCCGUUAUUGCUACUUUCAUUGGUGUCUGGCUUGACAUAAAUGGUAAGGGUGGCUUCCCCAUACCUCUGACUCUUGCUAUCUCAGCUGCUUUGCCGAGCACUGCUGCCUUUGUUGUCAUGUGA